AUUUCGGAGACUGGCGCUGUUGAGAUGGCCCAAAUGUCAGGCUCAAAGAAAGCAGUUACCAGUCCUAUUCCUUACAUUUUCCGACGUGAAUACAAAGAGGAUGAAUUCCAGAAGAAAAUAUUGCUCAGAGAGCGUUUGAGAUUGUGCAGUAACUUGUACAGAAGGGAUCUUCGUGGGCACUAUGGUUGUGUGAAUGCCAUAGAGUUUUCUCACAAUGGUGGCGAGUGGUUGGCUUCAGGUGGUGAUGACAAGCGUGUGCUGCUAUGGAAUGUCGAGAGGGCGCUCUCCGACGCUGGCAACCCCAUCCAGAUGAAGGCCGAACACAACAGCAAUAUCUUCUGCCUUGCUUUUGACAAUGGGAAUCAAAAGAUUUUCUCUGGAGGCAAUGAUGAGCAAGUUACAGUCCAUGACGUUGCCAGGGGUGAGCCAGUUGAUGUGUUCAUGCAUGAAGAAGCUGUGUAUGGCCUGACAGUCCAUCCGUUCAAUGACAGUGUCUUUGCCAGUGCCUGUGACGAUGGGCGUGUCCUUAUAUUCGAUAUCAGAGAACGGCCCAGCACAGAUCCAUUCUGCCUUGCCAACUCGAUGGCACCCAUGCAUGCUGUGAUGUACAACCCUGUGGAACCGCGCCUACUCUGCACGGCUAAUUCAAAAGAGGGCGUCGCGCUAUGGGAUAUACGCAAACCAAGAAGUUGUGUUCUUCAUUACGGUGGGAGUAUGUCUCAGCAGAGUUGUAUGAGUGUACGCAUCAACCAGGCGGGUGACAAGAUCAUAGCACUACGUCGCCGCCUGCCCCCUGUCAUGUACCACAUUCAUUCACCCAAGGCGCUAUUCCAGUUUGACCACGCUGGUUAUUACAACUCGUGUACUAUGAAGAGCUGUUGCUUUGCUGGGGACCGGGACCAAUACUUGAUAUCGGGAUCAGACGACUUCAAUCUCUACAUGUGGAGGAUUCCCGAUGAUAAAACUGCAAGUCCGUGGAUCAGCAAUGCCCAUUUGGUACUAAAGGGUCAUCGGUCAAUUGUGAAUCAAGUACGCUUCAACCCAGCCAACCACCUGAUUGUUUCCUCUGGAGUCGAGAAGGUUAUUAAGGCAUGGAGUCCGUUCCAAUUACCAAACAGUCAAGGGAGUUACAACAUAGAAGAUGACGACCCAGAGAGGUCCGUCUAUACACACGAGGAGUACAUCAACCUUGUUCUACGCAGUGGACAAGUCAUGUCACAUGAUUACUCCAAUCAAUCGACAGAGGAGGACCCGCGUAUGAUGGCAUUUUUCGAUUCACUGGUGCAACGAGAACUUGAGGAAUGGAGUACAGAUGAUUCUUUGAGUAGUAACGAGGAAUUCUACAGUCGGUUCAUGCAAGUUUCAAAUUCUGACGAUACUGCUAACGAAACUGGGUCGCAUUCAGAGGACGGGGGAUUCAGUCCAUUCACGCUAGCAUUCGCUAGUGUUGUGACUAAUAUAAAUGGAGGACAAGAAAAUGAGUCGGGUAACUUAUUGGACUUGGAUGAACAUACGGCCAGAGUCGCUGCAUCAACCAGCCGGGAUCAUUCAGAGGAACAGGGGGAGUUGAGUGGGUUAGAGGGGCAGAGACCUGGUAACAGCAGGCGGAGUAUUUCUGGCCUGAUUGCGCAAAAGAGACGAGAAUAUUUAAUGAAUUUGAAACGUAGCCAUGAACAUGAAUCAAAAAUCAAGCUGAAAAGGUUAAAAAUCUUAAAACGGAGAGCUGAGUCCUCAUCAGACAGUGCUUCAAACUCUAAAUCCAGGAAAAAGAAGAAAAAGUCAAACGACCUGCGUAGUGAUACUACAAGUGUGUCUGAGAGCAACUCGGAUAGGGAGUCGAAUUCAAAAACUAAUCGCAAAACAAAGUCUCCAUCUUUUAAAAAACAAAAGCCACAUCUGAAGAAGUUGAAUAGGCUGCGAGCUUUGAUUGAAAAUAGUGAUAGUAGUGACUCCGACAGUGGGCAGGAACGUGUUGAGUUCAAGAGCAAAGAGUUUAUUAGUACUAGUGACUCGAGUAGUACAGAUAGGGGACAAGUUCCCUGUUCUGAAGCAAAAUCUAAAGGAAAGGCUACGAAAACGGACCUAAAAACAAGUAAAUCCGAGGUAAAAACUAGUAAAGUUGGGAAAAAAACUUCUGAUGUUGUGCCUUCUACUUCUGGUGUGAAUACAAAGUCGAAGGGUAACAGUAGCGAUGAAGAUGGGUUAUACGGGCCAUAUCUUGAAGCUGCUAACUCAUGUAAUAGGCCUGACCACCCUAAUUCUGCGUGCCAUGGUCCUGAGAAAGCAGACGUUUCCAGCAUUGGCAAUAAAACAAGUGCUACCAAUGGUUUGGAGACUAAAAGUACUCCAAGCUGUUCUGGUGCAAAUGAAACAGAGCCUGCUGCUACUGGCUCAUGGACUGACUCCACAGAGGGAAGUGCAAAUGGAAGGGAUGCUAGUAAUACUGGAGAUAUCACAUGGACAGAGUUCAAACGGUUCAGAAAUCGACUUGAGAGGGCGCGGAGGUAUUACCGCAGAAAAAGCCAACCAGACGAAUCUAGUGAUGAUGACUAGGUGACUACUACUACCCUGGUAGCAUUAGUACUAUAUAGUCCAGUAUAUCAAAGGUUCUGUCUUUUGUAAAUCAUGUCCUUUCAGCAUGAUGUCAAAGGCAUCAAACUUAGGAUUACAGCUGCUUGAACUGUUUUAAAACUGAGAAGUUGCCUGUUCAUCAAUGGGAAGGUUGCUAAAAAGAUGAAUAAACCAGCUUUGCUUCUAGCGUAAUGACAUUUAUUGAGGAAGUCCUGUCUGCUUAACAGUGUUGUGCAUCAGAAUCAGCUUUGAACUAUUUACUUAUCACCAUUCUUUAAAGUCUCUCAUCAAGGGAGUGUACAGAAGCUAAGUGAUAUACAUGUAUAUGUACCUGCCAGUACAUGUACGUCAAGCCUAGGUUAGUUACCAAAUGAAACAUGUCUACCCGUUCUUAUGGGAGAAACUCUCACAUUUUAGAAGACUAUUUGAAUUCCAAAAUGUAUUUAGUUUGCCUUAGUAGGUCUUUUGGUGUCUUCUGACACAAAGCCUGGUCUUCAAUAUUGUGCCUCAUAUUGGUAUCAGUUGCCUCUGUUCUGCAUGUGCUUUUGAAGUCUUGUACAGUGUUAUAUUCCCGAUUGUGUACAAAGAAUUGUAUGUGAGAUCUUUUUAGCCUUCGAGGAAUGGAAUAAAGACCUUUAAAUUAUUAA